AUGACAGAAGGACAGUUGGCUACGGGACUAGAGCGCACAAGGGAAUGGGAAGAAGUGGGCGAGGCGGGCGAGGCGAGGCGAGGCGAGGCGAGGGCAGGUGCCGGAACAAGAAAUUGGAGAUGUCGCUAUGUGCCUCAAUCAGCUGCGACUGCUGCGGAUAAAAAGGUUGCAGCAGUCGCCGCGCAGUGGAUCUCCGUCGGUGUCUCGCUUAGGAUGGAUAAAUGGAUAUGGAUGGAUACUACCGGUACGGGACGGUACUCUACGGUACUCUACUCGACUCUACUCUCCUCUACUCGACUCUACUCUACUCUCCUCUACUCUGGAUACCGGUACUCCUCCUCCGUCCAUGUACAUGAGGCUGUGCAAAUGCCAGGUCUUGUAAUGCCAGGUCUAUUACUUAUCUACAUGAGGGUUUUCCAGUGUCCUCCUUGGACCUUGGACCUGCUCUUCUUACCUGCUCACCACCUCACCUUCUCACCUUCUCACCUUCCCCCUUCUCGCCUUCUCAGCCCAGUAGGAGCCGAUCCCUGGUGGGAGGUCCCCUCAAUUCACCGCUCGGGUCAAGUGCAGUCAGUCAGUCAGUCAGUCAGUCAGUCAGUCAGUCAGUCAGUCAGUAGUCAGUCAGUGAGUGUGCGUGGGUUGCAAACCACGGUAACAAAGCCAGAAGGGAACAAACAGCCAGAACCCCCCGCAUGGCUGAUGGACGAGGCGAACAUUGUCUCCCCUCGUCACUCCUGCAGGAUGGAUGGCUCCGUAAAUCAUAUCAGAAUCAUCCAUGAUUCCAUGGGGAAAUGCUUAUCCCAUUGCGACCGUACCGGUAUCUCCCUCGUACUUGGUUGUACACACCGCGUACGCCCCGAUCCUUUCCUCCGUCCCACCUACCGUAACUCUCUUCUGCCUGCCUUGGCAAGUCACCGAGCUCUUCCUUCUGCACGCCAUCCUCAAGAACGGUGUACGGUUACCGUAUCUGUUGUGCGCCGCCCAGCUCAGCCCAGCCCAGCCCAGCCCAGCCCAGCCCAGCGCAGCUCAGCUCAGCUCAGCUCAGCGCAGCUCAGCUCAGCUCCGCUCGUGGUGGCACCAUUCCUGUCCCUUCCACGCAAUCGUGUCACGCGCCCGUCGGCGUACGGACAGCUGGACAGCCUGACAGCUACCUACCUAGACAGCCUGCUCGCGGGCACGCUGUCCGACACCCGCAGAAUCCUCUCGUCCGUCUCCUUCCGCCGGUCCGAGGCCGAGGACUUGGGACCUUACUCAGCAGCGGGCAUUACCUACUCUAUCAUAUCAAGUACGGUACAACUAAGUUACCGACGUUGCAAGCACUGGGCUCUCCCCUCAUGGCUCCCCGCCCCCCCCCCCCCAAGCACGGAAAGAGCAAAAGCUUAUCGGCCGCCGGUAAGUACCUACCAGCCCUCCUCGCUUCCCGGGUUUCCCUGCGAGGCAGGCCAUGGUGACUGCAACCACCGAAGAACUCGCCGAGCGAGGAGUACGGUAACAACCCCAAAGCCAAAGUCGGGACAUGGAUCUUCGUUACUCAUCAAGCUCGACUACGGUAGGUACCGACAACAACUCCAUUCAAAUGUUGCAAAAUCCCGUACCCUACUUGAUAUGAUUCGUAUCAUGAUUAUAUUGACCCCACUCGAGGCUCCCUCCCCCUCUGUCCAAGCCCAAACACAACAUCGACACAAGUCAACUGUUCUGAAAAUGCACAUGCACACUAUCAAAGACUUGCCUCACGUGCCAGCUAUACAUAGUUUUCAACUUCAGCUCGACACUUGA